CAGAAUAUGAAACAGAGUACUACUGCUGUUUAGGUACUGAGACAGAAACUGUACACUUGAAAAAAGUUAUAGCAACACUGUAACUGAAAUCUCAUAGACAUUAUUAGAAUUUGGCAGCAAUAAUAUUUUCAGCAGGAUGGGAAAACAAGCCCGAACCACAACCAUUGUAAAAGACAAACCCACUGUGCAGACUAAGCUGAAAGUGGAAAGGUCAGUCGAUCGGCCAGUUCGAUGUCCAUUUGCUGUUCAUUUGCGAAACUACACGGAUGGCUCGACCCACCAAGAUACGCUGCAUCACAGAGCAGUUAAGAAUAUGGCCUGCAAUUCCAAAACUUGCGAAGGCUCCAUCAUGAAUCCCAAAACUCUGAUACAUGGUCCUUCCAAAAUGACACCUUCCUCAGAUGACAUCCUCACCCAGGCAUUGGAUUUUAUUGAUCAGUACUACAAAUCAUUCAAAAUCCCGAAUCAAACGGAGCACCAGGCAAGGAUUGACAGGGUCACACUGGAGAUCACCCUGACUGGCUCCUACACACUUACUACAGAUGAGCUCGCUUUUGGGGCCAAACAUGCUUGGAGAAACGCGCCGAGGUGCAUUGGCAGGAUCCAGUGGGCCAAUUUACAGCUUUUCGAUGCGCGUCAGUGCAAGACCGCCAAGGACAUGUUUAAUGCCUUGUGUACUCAUCUUAAUUAUGCCACCAAUGGAGGAAACUUGAGAUCUGCCAUCACUGUGUUCCCUAAAAGAACAGACGGAGAGCAUGAUUUCCGUGUGUGGAACAGUCAGCUUAUAAAGUAUGCAGGCUAUCAGAUGGAAGAUGGUAGUGUGAUUGGAGACCCAGCAGGUGUGGAGUUUACACAGGUGUGCAUUCACCUGGGAUGGAAACCAAAGUAUGGUCGAUUUGAUGUGCUUCCACUGGUCCUGCAGGCGAAUGGAGAGGACCCUGAAGUUUUUGAUAUUCCUCCAGAACUGAUCCUGGAGGUCCCAAUAGAGCACCCAGAGUAUGAAUGGUUCAAAGAUCUAAACCUCAAGUGGUAUGCAAUUCCUGCAGUGGCCAGCAUGCUCAUGGAAAUUGGUGGUCUGGAAUUCACAGCAUGUCCUUUCAAUGGCUGGUACAUGGGCACAGAGAUCGGAGUCAGGGACUUCUGUGACAGCCAGCGCUACAACGUUUUGGAGCGGGUCGGCCAGCUAAUGGGCUUAGAGACACGCAAGCUGUCUUCAUUGUGGAAAGACCAAGCACUUGUGGCUAUCAAUGUUGCAGUGAUACAUAGCUACCAGAAAAAUAAGGUCACCAUCACAGACCACCAUUCAGCAAGCGAGUCUUUCAUGCAGCAUUUGGAGACAGAAGUUCGUCAGCGUGGAGGCUGUCCAGCUGAUUGGGUGUGGUUGGUCCCGCCCAUGUCUGGCUCCCUCACCCCCGUGUACCAUCAGGAGAUGCUCAACUACAUCCUUUCCCCCUUCUUCUAUUACCAGAGCUUCAAGAAGCAGCUAUUCAACUUGCAACACCUGAAAAACACUGUCAGGUACAGUGUGUUUGGCCUUGGCUCACGUGUGUACCCACAAUUCUGUGCCUUUGCCCAUGCUGUGGAUGACAAGCUUGCUGAGUUGGGGGCCAAGCGUCUGACUGCCACAGGGGAGGGAGAUGAACUUAAUGGGCAGGACGAGGCUUUCUCUGCCUGGGCUUGCACUGCUUUUAAGGAUGCAUGUGAGGAGUUUAACAUUAAAAAACAGCUGAAAGCUGUUGAGGAACAGUCGGACGACUGGGACCCACUGAGAUACAGAGUACAGCAUGACAGUUGCACUCUGGACCGAGUUACAGCACUGUCUGCUCUUCACUCUAAAACUGUGUUUCCUAUGACGCUGAAAAGAAGGCAGAAACUGCAGUGCGCUCAGUCAAGUCGUUCUACUAUCCUGGUUGAGCUGAAGACAGAUGGAAACACAGAGGCCUUGAACUUUGCCCCUGGAGAUCAUGUGGGGAUUUUUCCAGAGAAUUCUCCAGAGCUGGUGGAUAGUAUUUUGAAGCAUCUCCCAGAUGCCCCUCCAGUUAACCAGAGUUUUCACCUGGAGUCCCUUUCAGACUCUAGCCAUGAGGAAAAGAGAUGGCUGACAGAUGAACGUAUCCCUGCUUGCACGCUGGCGCAUGCUCUUACAUACUUCAUUGAUGUCACAACUCCACCUUCGCAAAGCCUGCUGCGCAAACUCUCUACAGUGGCGGGUCAAGAAGAGGAUCGCAAACGACUUGAAGCACUUGCAUCUGAUUUCCAGGAAUACUCUACAUGGAAAGAUUUCUACAGGCCCAACUUCUUGGAGGUGCUCGAAGAAUUUCCCUCUCUGAAGGUCCCUGCCACCUUCCUUCUCAGCCAGCUUCCUCUGCUGAAGCCUCGUCUGUACUCGGUCAGCUCCUCAUUGGACCGUCAUCCGAACGAACUACACCUCACUGUAUCUGUGGUGGAGUACCACACCCAGGGUGGAAAGGGCCCACUACAUUUUGGCACCUGCAGCACAUGGCUUAACACCAUCAAAAGAGGACACACAGUUCCCUGCUUUGUUCACCGCUCAGGUGGAUUCCAUCUCCCAGAAGACCCCAGCACUCCAGUUAUUCUGAUAGGAGCUGGUAGUGGUAUUGCUCCUUUCCGCAGCUUCUGGCAACAGCGCAUCCAUGACAUGAAAAAGACAGGUCUGCAAGUUAGUCCUAUGACACUGCUAUUUGGGUGUCGUGAUUCAGAAACAGACCAUCUGUAUAAAGUAGAAACACUGAAGUUGAGACUUGAUGGCAUUCUGGGCAAUGUCAACACAGCUUACUCUCGGCAACCUGGUAAACCAAAGAUGUAUGUGCAGGAUGUCUUGAGGGAGCAGCUCUCUGAAAAAGCCGUGGAGGUUCUACACAAAAACGCAGGUCAUCUGUAUGUCUGCGGUGGCAUGAACAUGGCCCGUGAUGUUGCUGGCACUUUGCAGGAUAUCCUGGCAAGUAAAACAGGCAUGGCCAUUGCAGAAGCUGGAGAAUAUCUGGAGAGGAUGAAGGUUGAGAAGAGAUACCAUGAAGACAUUUUUGGAGCUUAAUGGCAGAGAUCUGCUGCAUCAUGUAAAGAAAAAUCAGUUUCACCACAUGCACGUUUAACUAUUGUGAUUCAAAUGUGCUUUCACUGUGUAUAUUCUUGAACAGUUUUAAACUGAUGUAAAUAUAGCUUCUCUGUAUCAGUAUGGACAAACAGGAUGAUUACAUAUGUACCCUUAUCGUAUGAUGGGCAAGACUCUGCGAUUUAAAAUGCUCUAUUUUAAGGGGAAAAUAUAUGGCUUUAGUUUAUUGAGCUCAUUUCUUUUUUUAUUUAAUUUCUCAAAGAUAUUUCUGACAUUUUCUAAUGUCUUCUAUGUACUGUAUGACUUUUGAGACAUGCCAAUUUCAUUGUUCUAUAAGCAAUAAGCAGCCAGCAUUUGAUAAUUGUAUUUUAUUUUAUUAAUGAUCUUUCUUAGAUAAUUUAUAGUGAAAUGGAUUUGAUUUAGGUCAAGAAUUAAAU